AUGGCCUACCUCCCUGUUCACACAGCCGGCGAGGUCCUGCUACACACGUUCCCGGAGACUUCCCUGGGUGUCGUCCGGAGUGAACUCAACUACUCGGUGAUCCUGGGGUGUCUGGCUGUGACCACACCCACACCCGUGAUUUACUGGACCUUCAACGGGCAGCCCCGAGGGACAGGGGACAAGCUGAUCAUCCGGCAGUUGUCCAGGGAGGACUUGGGUACCUACAUGUGCAUGACCAAGAACAACCAGGAACAGUAUUCCUCCAAGUCUGUAGACGUCUCCCUGCCGGAAGUCAACAUGGAUCCCACGGAUGAGCCCACCGACCUGGACCCCAUUCUCAAGGUGUCAGGAGGAUCUGCCAUCGCCCUCCUCGUGGCCGGAAGUGCGGGGUUGGUGGUAGUGAUGUUAGGAAUUGGCUCCGCCAUCGCUCAGAUCCAAAGGGAUAGCGGCAACACUUACCUCAAAGUGUGGGUGUGCGAGUACCUAAGACAGUGGGAGGAAAGCGCUAUCGAGAGAGAACACCAGACCCCGUUCUCACAGCAGCCCUGGGGCCAGGGCCAGGGCCUCCCCCAGGAUACCCGGCACCAGCUCAGCAACGUGUGCCAGCCCUGCCAGGCCUUCAGUGCCGGGUGA